GUGGCGGCGGGUGCCUGCCGGGAGCCGCUUCCAGCUUGCGCAUCCCCCCGGCCAAGUUCCAUCCUGCAGGGAAAGGGCGGGGACCCGGGAGGGGGAGGAAGAGGAGCAGUUAAGCCCCAGUAGAGGGGAUUUUUUCGCAAAAAGUGUUGCUCCGGUUGCUGUGGAUGACAAACGGUCUUCGAGGGGCCGGGGGGGGGUGGGUGGGAAGUGCACGGUAUCCUGGUAUGACAGUCUGGAGUCUGGCACUGCUCAAUUCCUGCCAUAUUAGCAAAGCCAUGGAUAGAACAUAGUUUUGGAACCAGUUGCUGAGAAGAUCAACCACUGUUGGCCAGACUGAUCUCUGAGAGGCACAGAGGGCUGUAACUCAAGCAAAAGGUUCUAAACCCCGGAGGAUACUAUGUUCACUAAACUCUUCCAGCAGUGGAGUUUUGCAGUGUUUCUGCUGAGUUAUUCCGUGCCCUCUUACGGCAGAUCAGUAGAGGGGAUCAGCCGCAGACUCAAACGAGCUGUAUCAGAGCACCAGCUAUUGCAUGACAAAGGCAAGUCGAUCCAAGACUUACGGAGGAGAAUAUUCCUUCAGAAUUUAAUUGAAGGUGUGAACACUGCAGAAAUCCGAGCCACCUCCGAGGUGUCGCCUAACCCCAAGCCUGCUACCAACACCAAGAACUACCCUGUCCGCUUCGGCAGUGAAGAUGAGGGCAGAUACCUAACUCAGGAGACAAACAAAUCACAGACCUACAAGGAGCAGCCCUUGAAGGCAUCGGGGAAGAAAAAGAAAGCAAAGCCUGGGAAGCGCAAGGAACAAGAGAAGAAGAAGAGGCGAGCCCGCUCGGCUUGGCUGAACCCCGGCACCUGGGCAAGCGCUGCCACCGAGAGCCCGCUCCUGGACAGCUCUGCUCCCACACACCAUCACACCUGGAGGAGGCGCUGACAGUUUCAGCAAGAGAUUUUUUUGGAAGACAUAUUGCAGUAUUCUGUAAUAGUGAACAUAUGGGAAGUAUUAAAAUAUUUAUUACCUGUAAAUAUUGUAAAUGCUCAUAAUAAAACCUUCUCCCCUACCCCACACCCGAACCCUGUUGCUCUCUGAAACUGCACAUUUGGUCAUUGUGAAUUUUCCUUCCCCCUCCCUCCCUCCCUCUCUUUUUAUUUUGCUAUGGCUGAGACAAUUAUCAUUGUCACAUUUACCAUAAUUUAUUUUGUCGACUGGUGUAUUUAUUUUGUGACUGUAUCUUGGUGCUGCUGACCUUCUCUGUUUUUUGUAACAUAAUGCACUUUAGAUAUACAUAUGGAGUACAUUGGUAACUGACUUAGAAAGUGUCCCUGUUUUGUGGUUGUCUCCCAUCGAUGCCUACAGACAGCUGUUUCAACUGCUUCUCCUUUGUGCAUGUAUAAUAGCAGUGGUUUAAAAUUUGUAAAGAAUGUCUAAUAAAACAUAAUCUAAUUAAAUCGUGA